CCACCCUAAUCUCCCGGUAGCCGAAUUCCUUUGCUUAUAUCCCCCCCCAUCCUGCUCUCCAUCUUCUUCUUUCUUUCCUCUCUUCUUCACCCACCACGCACUUACUUCCCAGUAUCCAAACAGGCUUCUUUGACUUCGGUCGUCCAUUCUUUACAGAACUCUAUCAGCUUUCGUCUUUUCGAACCAACACUCGCUUUUUAACCCACCUCACCGUUUUUUAAUAAACAACUCUACCGUCAAGAUGCAAUUCACUUUCGCUACCCUUGCCGUCAUGGCCACCGCCGUCCUGGCCACUGCCCCAGACUCCACCGUCUACCAGACUGAGGAGGUCACCAUCACCAGCUGUGCCCCUACCGUCACCGACUGCCCGGCCCGCUCCACCGUCGUCUCCCUGACCUCCUACCCGGUCGUCCCAACCACCACCGCCGCUGAGGAGCCCCUCACCACCGAGGCCCCAGUCGUCCCAAGCUCCACCGAGGAGGCCGAGGAGACCCUCACCAGCUACACCACCAUCGUCAACACCAUCACCAGCUGCCACCCCACCGUGACCAACUGCCCGAUCGGCCAGAAGACCACCCUCACCGUCCCCUGCUCCACCACCGAGGCCCCCGCCCCAACUGAGACCCCAGUUGUCCCAGAGGUCCCAGUCUCCUCCGAGGAGCCCACCACCCCUGAGGCCACCGUCCCAGCUCCCCCCGCCACCGUCACCGUCACCAUCAACUCCUGCCCAGCUGAGGUCCCAACCUGGACUUCCGUCCCAGUUGGCCCAACUGCCCCAGCUGUCAACACCCCCGUCCCAACCAUCUCUGGCUUCCCUACCCCAAGCAACGGCACCACCGUCACCCCCCCAGUCGUCACCUCGCCUCCUAUCGCUGGUGCCGCCUCGGCCGUGUCCGGCUCCAUCUUCGCCGUUGGCUUCGCCGCCAUGGCCGCUGUCUUCUUCGCUUAAGCGGUUUCAAUUCGACCAGAGGGAUAUAUUUCUUCAGUCCGCCGCCUCGCUGAGCUGUCUUUUCGUUCUGAUGAGGAGGGAGAAGAUGGGCUGGAGAGGGCAUCGGCUAUGACUUUCUACGCAUAUUGGGAUGGCUUUGGGAAAACGAGAGCGGGGCGUGUGUCCUUUGUUUAUUAGGUCACGUCUUUUGCGAUUGAGAUCUUUUUAUGUAAUUCAGUAAUUCUGGCGGGAGUGGUUCGCACACAUUUGUUUGUCUUGUCUAUUAUGGUUUUUUAUUUCACGGAAUAAAAAUACAACCGGUUACUUCUAUGUUGUUUUAUUUCGUCGACCAUCGUGUGCCAACAUAAACUGUGUGUGCGGGCUGCUCCUAAUUAGUUUUUACUUCCGUUUCGAAUACUGGCGGGGUUGCGUGUGGACUGGAAAUUUAUAUACCUUGUUUCCCCCAUAUAUGAUGGCUGUGUCUUUGUCUGUGUCUUAGUUCGCGUUAUAAAGUGAUCCAUUGCCGUAUGUAUCUACGCGUAUAUAUGUAUGUGUAUCCAUCUUUAAACGUCAUACGUAAAUCCCUCCUCUCAUCCCUCUAGAUGGCAGUUGUUCCAAGCAUCCCCAUCCAUCUCCACAUCUCUCCAUAUAUCAAUACCAUACCAUAUCCAUUACAUACCCCGUCCAGCAGUCAAUGAGAACAGCGCAGCGCGCGCGCGCGCGAGAGAGAGAGAGAGAGCCCUCUAAACACGUGUAGUAGGAAUGCGUUGGACCGGUUUUCGCGCAGAGGUGGGGGCGAGCACACUAUACAAGCCGACCAACUUAUUGAUAUGCUUUAGUUCGCGAGCUGGGCGGUUGUGAGAUGACGUCUAAACAGGGACAAACGGGGUCAAUCUACGGUGGCUUGAGGGAAU